AUGUUCUCAGUAUCCUCUAAUGACGUUAUGGAUAUCAAGAUGACUCCAAAUUCCUUCAUGUCCAUCAAACUCCUUUCAAUUUUCAAAUUUGAUCUCAUAUUCUCUGACGUUACCACCGGAAUAUGCCAAGGUGACUUAUGUUUACCAUUAAUUCCCCAAGCAGACCUUCAAUUCAUCGAACGCAGUGGAGAAAACAUCCUUUUCAAACAAAAUGGAAAUCCAAUCAACUGCUACAACAUUGCAACAAGAGAAACAAGGAUCAUCCCUGAUACAGAAGAUGCAUCAACACCAGAGUUUCUCUUCCUCUAUAACAGAAAGCUCUUUUUCGUAUUUAAAUCAGGAGUUUUCCUUGGAUACACCUUCAAUGGAGAUAAAGCCUUAACAGUUUCAUCCGAAAGAAGACUUUCCCUCGCUCCUCUUUGCGUUGAUUCAAAUCAAGAGUAUCUUGUUUGCACAUCCAAAGGAAAUGGAAUCUGCAAAGUUCAUCUUUUUGAUCUUUCGACAGGAAAAGAGGAGUUCAGCAGCACUGUUGAUGAUGGAUUGUUGAAGGGUUUCAGAUUAACUUCAAUCGCCUAUGACAAAGACUCACACUGCAUUGUCUGUGGUGAUGAGGUUGGAGAAGUCCACUUCUGGCUCUGA